AUGACGAAAACAUAUAUUAUGAACGGUCUUGUCGAGAAGAUGCAAUCGUCUGACCAGGACUUCCGAUACAUGGGUCUAAGCGAUCUCAUGGCAGCCGUAAAAGACGAUCCCAAUACGUUCCUAGGAGAUGAGCCUACAGAGAACAAAGUACUUCGUCAAGUGCUACAACUCGUGGAAGAUAAAAUUUCUGAAGUCAAGAACCAAGCUGUGAAAUGUAUCGGCCAACUCGUCAAGAUUAUCCGAGAGUCCCAGGUGGAGAAUGUCAUAGAUCGACUGAUCGACUUCUUGUCGGGCAAGGACGAGGAGUUACGGGAUAUAUCGGCUUUAGCUCUCAAGACGAUUACUUCUGAGCUACCACCAGAAGGAAAAAUCGCUGCUAAGGCAUGCGAGAAGCUAACGCCCAAACUUCUCAUGCGAUUGGCUGCUUCGGAUACGCCCCCGGACACGCUCCUUGAGACUUUGUCAAUUCUUUCAAUUUUGAUCGUUCGCUUUCCCGCUUAUGUGGCGAGUGCUGAGCUAGAACCACAGCCGCUGUCUGUACUCACGCCGAUGCUCGAUCAUCCGCGCCCUGCCGUACGCAAGCGCGCUAUCACAACCCUUGCCCAGUUUCUGCCGACGGCGCGUCCUGAACUCUUCUCAGAGCUGCUAUCAAAAAAGAUUCUACCAGAGCUUGUGUCAUCUACAUAUGUGGACAAUCAGCGCACCACAGUCCAGCUUAUUGCAGCCGUCGCUCGCCACACACCGCACCAAAUUGGACCGGUGUUGGGAAACCUAGUGCCAGGAAUAAUCAAAGCAGUGGAGCGAGAUGACGAAGAACUGCAGGAGAGUUGUUUGCAGGCAUUGGAAGCGUUGGUCCUGCGUUGUCCUGCAGAGAUUACACCGUUCCUCUCAUCCACGAUCCAAGUGGGAAAUAAGUGGAUCAAAUACGAUCCUAAUUAUGCUGGCGGCGAUGAUGAAGACGAGGAAAUGGCGGAUGAAGACGACGAUGACGAGGCCGAACUCGACGAAUAUUCGGACGAUGAGGACACAUCGUACAAGAUUCGCCGAUCAGCUACGAAGUUGUUCGCAGCGAUCGUAGAUACCCGUCCAGAGCUGCUGAUCACAUUGUACAAGGAGGUAUCCCCUGUUUUGAUUUCACGAUUUGGGGAUCGUGAGGAAACAGUGCGAGUGGAGGUAUGGAGCACAUAUGCUGGCCUCCUGAAGCAGACCAGUGUGUACGGCGGUGUUGCUCAGUCCCGAGACACCGACUAUGCGAUCGGCGGAAAGCGCAAACGAGAUGAAGGUAUGGAGGUUGAGGAAACACCAUAUAGCCUCCUUCGAUCGCAAGUGUCGGCACUCGCGAAAGCACUGCUUGCGCAGUUGAAGUCACCCAAGACCUCACCUGCUACCCUCCAGGCCGGUUUCACCUUGCUGCAUACCCUGCUGACCGUCUUACCUGGUUCCCUGUCGAGUUACGCGCCGCAGAUUAUUACGACGACGAAGGCAGUUUUAACGCAGUCGGCAAAGGCAAAUGCAUCUGCGCUGCACAUCACUUGCAUGUCAUUUAUCGCGCUCUUUUUUUCAACGCACUCCCCGCCCGUGUUCUCCAGUUCAUUGGACAGUAUCACGCCAAUUUUGUUGAAAUCGCUUCGAGAGAAACACCCAAGGAUCGCGUCAGAAUCUUUCCGCGUCUUCUCUUCUCUAUUGAACGCUACGCAGCCCGUGAAAGGCAGCGACUGGACUGAGGCCGUGUACAUCGAGGGAGUUCAGAGAUUAAGCAACCACGAUACGGAUGCGGAGGUGAGGUCGUGUGCUGAAAUAUGCAUAGGUGAUUUGUGGAUAUGCGCAUUUGAUGUUGUGAAGAACAAGGACAGGAAGGAAUGGGAGGCGAUGUGUAGGACGACGGGACGUACGGAUGGCGCGGUUCAAGUAGUCACGCGCGUGGCUCGAGAGGUCGAUAUUGACCAAAACUGGGUGAAUGGAUGCGUACAAUGGGUCAUAUCUCUGCUUAAGAAGAGUGGAAGAUCUGGCAAGAGUGAUAUGUUCAACUGUCUGGAUGCUCUUCUACGAAGAUAUAAGACGGGGCUACCGGCUGAUCUUCCGGCCGGCCUUAUUCCUACAUUCAAGGGCUAUAUCAAUACUUCCGAUAUCUCAUUGAUGUCGCAAGCGUUGUCAGUGAUCGCUCUUCUUCUGGAGCUGUCUCCGUCUACCACCUAUCCAGAGGUAGAGACAGAAAUCCUUUUCGAUAUAUAUGACAUUGCACACUCUCCACUCGUUGCCGGCGCAGCAUUUGAUUCAGUGCUAGCAUUUUUUGCCGCUCUUGUGGAGGCUGAUAUGCAAGUUGCGACACAUGUUAUUCCUAACCUCGUUAACUCUCUUGAGAAGGCCCCCAAGGGUGAAAUAUCGCAGUCGAAUGUGGCGCGGUGCAUCGGCCAGAUUGCCAAGAGCCAACAAGGUGUCGCUGCCGGCACUGUUGCUGAGUUCUCGAAACAUCUGAAGCCGUCUUCAAAAGCAAGGACGUCGCAAGUAGUCUUGAGCCUUCUCGUUAUGGGGGAAAUCGGUCGUUUUAUCGAUAUGACCUUACAAGGCAACAUCUUCUCUCAGAUCAUUGAGCGCUUUACUGCCGAGCAAGAAGAUAUCCGAACUGCUGCCGCUUUCGCAGCUGGGAACGUUGCUGUGGGAAACCUGCAUCAUUUCCUCCCUGUUAUCGUCAAAAUUGUUGAAAGCAACCAAGAGAAACGAUUGCUAUCUCUUCAUGCCCUGAAGGAGGUUGUUACCCACUGCUCGCGUGGUCAACUUGAAACCGUUGCAGAUCUUCUUUGGGUGCCAUUAUUCGAGAAUUCUGACAAUUCCGAAGAGACAACACGAAAUGUUGCUGCAGCGUGUCUCGGCAAGCUUACCACCACACAUCCUUCACGAUACCUGCCUCAGCUUCACGAACGCAUUCGUGAUGCAAAUCCAGCCUCACGAGCAACUGUUAUAUCCGCGAUUAGGUAUACCUUCUCAGAGACGUCCCCCUCGUAUGACGAGCUCCUCAGCUCUGUUCUCAUGGAUUUCCUGGCCUUGAUUACUGAUGCCGACCUGACCGUACGACGUUUGGCAUUAUCAGCGUUGAAUUCUGCGGCUCGUCUAAAGCCACAUCUCAUCCGUGAUCAGCUACAAUUUAUCCUUCCCAACCUGUAUAAGGAGACUCACAUCAACCAAGACCUCAUCCGUACGGUCCAAAUGGGGCCCUGGACGCACAAAGUGGAUGAUGGUUUGGAAGCUCGAAAGACAGCCCACGAGACGCUUUAUACCCUGCUGGACACUUGUUUGACAAAGCUCGACCUGCACGAAUUCAUUGGGCGCGUACUUGCUGGGCUUUCGGAUGACUCUGAUGAGGUCAAGGUCAUCUGCCAUAUGAUGCUGUUCCGACUGUCGCAGGUCGCACCGACAGCAGUUGCUCAGCGACUCGAUGACAUCACUCAGCCCCUGGAGAAGAGCAUGAAAGGCGCCACGGUCACGAAGGACACCGUCAAGCAAGACAUUGAGCGCGCUGCCGAGUUGCAAAGGAGCACACUUAGAGCUGUCGCAGCACUCAGCAAGAUCAGCCAACCGGGAUCUAACCCACGCUUCGAUGCGUUUGUGGAAGGUACUAGGAAGUCUGGAGAAUGGAGCGUCGAGUUUAGAGAGCUCGUAGGAGCAUGA